AGUAGGUCCACGUCAACGUGACGCGUAUGCAGGCUUGUUGUUACAUUGUUCCAAUUAAAGAUGGAAAGUGAUAAAAGGAACGAUGUUUUAAGAAAAAUUGUUAGCCAGAGAGCCUGUUUCAUAAUGGACCAAGUGAAAGUAACAAAUAAUAGCGGCAAAGUUCCAGAUCAGCCGUCUACUUCGAGGUGUUGUCCUGUUGGAUGUGUUGAAGAUAGUGAUGAUAGUUACAAGGAUCCAAACUACUGCCCAAGUAGCGACGCUAGUGACGAUAAGGAAGAAUUUCUAGAUGAAAAUUGCGCUAUUGAGUCAGAAAGUGAAUAACAAGAGGUGCAGGUUGCACAGGAAGAAAGAAAACAAGAAGUUGAAGUUACACACAACAAAAUAGAACUAG